CUUUAAAGUCUAAAUUUUAAAUGUUUACUUUGAAGUGUUAUUGAGUAAAGUGUUUUUAUCUUACAAAUAUUAUUUAAUGCUUAUUAAUUUAUUAUGAUAGAUUAAAUGUAAUGAGAUAAAUAUUAUAUUAGAAUGAUGUCGUCUGUAGUAAAUCAACGUGAUCUUGUUUCGAUGAUCAAAGAAGAGACUAGUAUGAAUAUUGGAAUUUUAGGUAAAGUACGACCGAUGCAUCAAGAACUAACCAAGCUUGUAAUUAAAGACAUCACUCUGGAGAAACCAACGCAAAAUCUAUUCUACCAUCUUUCAUAUUAUUUGGUUUCUAUAAUAGAUCCAAAAGUUGGAGAAAAUUUGUCUUGGCCACUAUAUGAUUCAAAUACUGAGCGUGCGUAUAGAAUUGGGUUGUAUAAUUUUAUAACUGAUUACAGCACUAAAGGUCUAAUAUAUCAGGUGAAAUCCUCUUUUUUGGUAAAUCCAAAUUCUUUCAAAGUCACUGUUUUACUAUUCCAACUGUCUAAAUUAGCUAUCAAUAAGAUUCUUGUGACUAAAAUGCGACCUGAAAGUCAGAAACAACUUUACAAAGAAUUUACAGAGAAACGUCAAGCAGGGGGACCUGAUUUCAUUGAAGGUAUAAAUAAAGAGGUGGAGGUAAUGUCAAGUAAAUUGUCAAACUAUUUGUGUAAGAGACAAAUUCUUGAAAGUAUAGCGAAUAUAAUGAAAAAGAGAAUCAUUGAAAUGGAUAAGUAUUGUUUAAGUCGUACAGCUGAGAAUUAUAUCAAUAAUUUAGUUGAUGGAUUUCUGGCCCAACACGAAGUUGAUGAAGAUACUAAGCUCGAAGUAUUAAAAAUUAAAAAUUUUGAUGUUGAGUCACAAAUUUUUGAAAAUUAUCUCAAUCACAUUGAUUCAAAGACUGACAUUCUUGAAAGUGAGUGGGACAGGAAAGUGACUCCUUACUUAAACAUCUGUACACAAACAACUGAGGUAACAGAAGCACUUAUCUUAAGAUACACAGGCCAACUUGACCAUAGUCUUUACACAGUAGAAUAUAAUCCAAAAACAGAUGCAAUAUGCACUAAAGAUUUACAGAGUAUUGCAAAUGUGGAGCAAAAAUAUGUCCUUAUGAAAUUAGAGGUUAAUGGAAGAUUGCAGUUUCCUAACUUGAUCAGGGCCUUCUUGAUAGCUAUAACAUACAUGUUAAAGAAUGACGUUUUGGAGGAUGAUAUCUAUGAAUUUAAUAAUUACUUGGCUGGAGGUGUUGACAAGUUUAAAAAUAUUGUAUCUGCUAUGAGUUUAAUCAAUGAGAAAGUGAGAAAUGCUGAAGGUAAACUGCAGGUCAGACCACAGAUUCAAGUAGUGAACUCUACAACACCACUCAAACAAUUUACAGAGAUCCCACUGAUUCCCGAUUUAUCACAAAUUUGGCCAAAUAUAAAUAAUAUAACCCAGGAAGUUACAGACGCUUUCACCCCGAUCAAUAUAUCAAAAGACAAUUUCAAUUUACAAUGGAAUAUGCAGAGUACAUUCACUAGACCUUAUCCUAAACCUCUGAUUGCACCCACAUUUCAAACACAGAAAGACGAUUUUAUUAAAAGCUUCAUAUCGGGAAAUAUAACCAGCAACUAUCAAGCAACUGCAAGCCACAGUAAUAACAAUCUUUCUGUUAUUUCACAUAGCAAUAAGGGUAACGACACAGUUACUGGCUGUACAUCCGGCUUCACAAGAGAUCAAUUAAAUCGGUUACUAUCAAUUAGAAAAACAAGUAGCUCUAAGAAGUUUAAAAAGAAAAAUGACAGCAGAAAGCUUAAUAUUAAAACAGGAGCUCUGUUUAAUGAAUCUUUUGAGUCUGUGGAUAGUAAUGGACUAUUCCGGAGCUAUUCUUCGCCCGAUCUGAAUGAAAAUAGAAAAAAGAGUUCCUUAUCCUCAAGAGUUACAAACUUAUCUGUCAUGAUGGAAUGCAAUUCAUUUAAUUUAUCUGGUAUCUCUGCUUUUGAUUGCGAUAAUUUCAGUCCGGGAGCUGCAAACGCUGAGAGCUCUAGAAAAGCUAUGGAAAUAUCUAAUACACUGAGUUCACAAGUAACAAGUGUAGAACCUAAAAAAAUAUUAAAAGAAAUAAUAAAUAAUAAUAGUACAUGUGUAUCUGGUAAGUCAAGCAUAGAAUGUGUAACAUCUUCAAAUGGUGUUACACCGAAAUCAGAUUUUAAAAUGGCUCAAAGGACAAGCUCGUUAGAGAAAAUAAUAAAUAGGUUCCAGAAAGUACGAGCAAAUGUUGUAUCUAAUAGCAAUCAAGUAAUCAGUGAGGAAAAAGUGAAUUUAAAUACUCAAAAUAAUUUAGAGAAGCGUCGUUUAUUGCCAGACUUAUUAAGUCCAAGCUGGAAUAUGUUUAAUACGGUUAAGACAGAUUCUUUACAGCCAGAGUUGGAAGACGAUGACAUACCAACAAAACGGUACCCAAGAGAAAGUCUCGGUAGUGCAUUAGGAGUUGAUCACACAUUCUUAGAUCAAUUUGAACUAUCAGACUGAUAUUUAUUAUAUAGCUCUAAGGUAUAGUGAAAUUUUAAUAGCCAUUAUAUUGUAUGUUUAUGCAGAUACAAAUAUUAUAUAUUUCUGAAAUACAUACAAUUAUGUGCAUGAACUCUGAUUUAAUUUGUAUAAUAAAAGACAAUAUUUUGAAGCAAGGAAGAGGCUUUAAUUAAGUAUAUUAUUAUUUUUAAUUACCAUAAAUUUUACGGUCAUAUUGUGGCAUAACUCAUGAAUCUUGAUGAAUUUUUAUGUACUACAAAAAAUUACAUGAAAUUCCAUAUUAUAUUUCUUGCUGCUUGUGAA